AGAGAGAGAGAGAGGGGGGGAGGGAAGAAGAAGAUGGAGGGAAGAGAAGAGGACGUGAGGGUAGGAGCCAACAAGUUCGGGGAGAGGCAGCCGAUCGGGACUGCGGCACAGACCCAGGAUGGGAAGGACUACAGGGAGCCGCUGCCCGCGCCGCUGUUCGAGCCCAGUGAGCUCACUUCCUGGUCGUUCUACAGGGCUGGGAUCGCGGAGUUCGUGGCCACAUUCCUGUUUCUGUACAUCACGCUGUUGACGGUGAUGGGGGUGGUCAGGUCGCCCACCAAGUGCGCGUCCGUGGGGAUUCAGGGGAUCGCCUGGGCCUUCGGCGGCAUGAUCUUCGCGCUCGUCUACUGCACCGCCGGCAUUUCGGGAGGCCACAUAAACCCCGCGGUGACCUUCGGGCUGCUGCUGGCGAGGAAGCUGUCGUUGACGAGAGCGGUCUUCUACAUGGUGAUGCAGUGUCUCGGAGCUAUUUGCGGCGCCGGCGUGGUCAAGGCAUUCCAAAAGACCCAGUACGAGUUGCACAACGGCGGCGCCAAUAUGGUCAGUGCCGGCUACUCCAAGGGCGAUGGCCUCGGUGCCGAGAUCGUCGGCACCUUCGUCCUCGUCUACACCGUCUUCUCCGCUACCGACGCCAAGCGAAGUGCCCGAGACUCCCACGUUCCUAUUUUGGCACCCCUGCCUAUCGGGUUCGCGGUGUUCUUGGUGCACUUGGCCACCAUCCCCAUAACGGGAACCGGCAUCAACCCUGCUCGGAGCCUCGGUGCUGCGAUCAUCUACAACAAAGACCUUGGCUGGGAUGACCACUGGAUAUUCUGGGUCGGACCAUUCAUCGGAGCGGCGCUGGCGGCUCUGUACCACCAGGUGGUGAUAAGGGCCAUCCCCUUCAAAGCCAGCUGAACAAAGAGAAACAAGACAUGGUUUCCCCGACCGCGAGAGCAAAGAACAACGUGGGAAAAAAAGUUUGAUGGUCCCGGAUCGUGGGAGAUGAUGAAAGCAUGCAUGGUCCAAGUUUUUAUGUUAUCGCUUCAGUGUUUUUUUUAGCCCUAAAGUUCGAAUCUCUCUCUCUGGUUUUUAGUCGGAGAGAAAAUGGUGUGGUGCGGAGGGGCCAUGGAUGUGAAGAUGAUGAUGGGCUUUCGUGCGUAUGGUUAUGUCUUGUCAUGUUUGUCUAUGCAAAAGUAGAAGAUGAUCUUUGCUUUUU